AUGGGCUUCUCCCCACCCUGUCCGCCUCCGUCGCCGCCCCGCCCUCCAUUUCCCCCCACCCCGUCGUCGUCCCAAACGGCAACAACCAGACGUCCUCGACGACCCACUAGAAGACAAAACAAAGAUCCAAUCUCUUGUUACCUUUCCCAAUUCUUUUACAUCUUCAACUCACUUCCAUCAUCUUCAUCCCCAUUACAGUGCACCUCCGUCGAUCUCCAACCUCAUCUAUGUCCCACCUCCGUCGACCUCCAGUCCACCGCAAUCAUCGUUUCACCGGAGACCCCAAUUGUAGCCAUCACCACCGUUCGCAGCCACCACGACCGCUCGCAACAACCACCAUCGAUGAACAACUCUCAGAGUGAAGCAGAACAGGCAACUGCCCAGGCUAAGGCCGAAGCUCUGGAAAAGACCAGUCAGCUGAUGGAGCAAGCCAGCAAUGCUGCACAGUCCGCCUAAGAGUCGAUGCAGCAUGCUGGCCAGCAGAUUAAGGAAAAGGCACAAGUAGCAACCAAGGCAGUGAAGAACGCAACAGGGAUGAACAAUUGAACCCCGUGGAUCAAGUUUGAUCAACCACCAUCGUUUCUUUUCUUUUGACCAGAAUGUUUUCAGUUCUUUAUAUUUACAAAAUUUUAUAUUAUUUUUAUAAUUUCGUUCUUUUGAGUCAUUGAUUUUGAACCAGAAGAUCUAGAUAUAACAGAGCCUGUUAUAUCAAGGUUUACAAAGCGUGCCCAGAUGCUAAAGUUUCUUUUGAGUCGUUGAUUUUGGCCUUUCGCAUUUUGUCAUUAAAGUUUCUUUUUUCAUCCAUGUGAUAACAAUAACCCGAAUGGUUUCACUCAGAAGUGAAUGGGUCAAAAGUGUGUCAUGUAUGGUUGAAAGUUGAUUCGAUGAAUGCUAUAAAUUCGCAGGGCAAUGAAAUGGGUGAA